AGCGGGGUGAUCAGGCCCGGCUGGUGCGGAUGCGGGGGCUCGUGGGAGCCCGGACGGGGCCGGCCCUGGGCAGCGGUGCCCUCUCCGCUCCGAGCUCCAGGCCCGAGCCCCGCCGAGGACCCGGGUGGGUCCAGCCUGGCGCCCCUCCCUGGAGCUCCCCCACCGCCGUGCCUGGCUUUGACUCCCCAGCCCAGACCCCUCUCGGGCUUCCAUUUUCUGGGAGGGUUGGUCCCAAGGCACCCUUGUCCCUGGAAGAAACCAGACGGAGACUUGGCGCCUUUUUUGAGGUAACUAGCCCUCUGGCUUCACUGCGUGAAGUUGAAAGAAGCAGCCAAGAGAAGGGUUCAGGAGGGAGGGCCGUGGAUGGGAGCUGGAGACCUUCCUGAAGUGCUGUGCCUGGGAGACACGGUUGUGGACCCUGGAGAAGGGCUCCCGUAGCUCGUUGCACCAAGUCCUCGAUUAACACGAAUCCCGGCCAGUGUGAGGGAGCUGCUGCUACAGUGCCCAUGGAGAAGGCCAGAGGUCCAGCCCUGCAGAGCAGUCUAGGGCAGGCUGACAGUCACUUUCCCUGCAGAGACGACCAGCAGCCAACCUCAUUGGUAGGAGCCAAGGCCUGAGUGUGCUGAAGCCUGAAAGAUGCUGGAAAGCUGAGGCUGGCGUUGCUGCAAGAGGAGGGGGGAGCCCUGGAGGGACUGGGGCACGCACCCAGGCUCAGAGGCACAAGUGGGGAGCUGGAGAGGGAAGGGGCCUGCAGACCCCGGGACCAGCCACUCCUCAUGGCCUCCACUCAGGCUGCCGGGAAGAGCAGGGGGGAGAAGCGGAAGAGGGUGGUUCUAACCUUGAAGGAGAAGAUUGACAUCUGCACACGCCUGGAGAGGGGCGAGAGCCGGAAGGCGCUGAUGCAGGAGUACAACGUGGGCAUGUCCACGCUGUAUGACAUCAAGGCCCAUAAGGCCCAGCUGCUCAGGUUCUUUGCCAACUCAGACUCCAACAAAGCACUGGAGCAGCGGCGCACCCUGCACACGCCCAAGCUGGAGCACCUGGACCGGGUGCUGUAUGAGUGGUUCCUGGGCAAGCGCUCCGAGGGCGUUCCUGUGUCAGGCCCCAUGCUCAUUGAGAAGGCCAAGGACUUCUACGAGCAGAUGCAGCUCACCGAGCCCUGUGUAUUCUCUGGAGGGUGGCUUUGGCGCUUCAAGGCCAGACAUGGUAUUAAGAAACUGGAUGCGUCCGGCGAAAAGCAGGUGGUUGACCACCAGGCGGCUGAGCAGUUCUGUAGGUUUUUCAGGAGCUUGAUGGCUGAGCAUGGCCUGUCCCCUGAGCAGGUAUACAGUGCUGAUGAGACUGGCCUGUUCUGGCGCUGCCUGCCCAAGCCCAGCCCCGAAGGUGGGGCCGUGCCCAGCCUCAGACACAGCAAGGACAGGCUGGCUGUCCUGAUGUGCGCUAAUGCUGCGGGCUCCCACAGAAUCAAGCCCUUGGCCAUUGGGAAGUGUAGUGGCCCUAGGGCUUUCAGAGGCAUCCAGCACCUGCCUGUUGCUUAUAAGGCCCAAGGGAAUGCCUGGGUGGAUAAGGAGAUUUUUUCUGAUUGGUUCCAUCAUAUCUUCGUUCCCUCAGUGAGAGAGCACUUGAGAGCCAUAGGUCUGCCUGAAGACAGCAAGGCCCUUCUCCUGCUGGACAACUCCCGGGCCCAUCCGCAGGAAUCUGAGUUGGUUUCUGAUAACAUUUUCACCAUCUUCCUGCCUGCUAGCAUUACCUCAUUAGUGCACCCCAUGGAGCAGGGCAUCCGGAGGGACUUCAUGAGGAAUUUCAUCAACCCUCCCGUCACUCUCCAGGGCUUGCACACGCGCUGCAGCGUGAAUGAUGCCAUAUUCAAUGUGGCCUGCGCCUGGAGCUCGGUGCCCGGCCACAUCUUCAGACAAGCCUGGAGGAAGCUGUGGCCUGCGGUCUUGUUUGCUGAAGGCUGGUCAGAGGAAGAAGAGGAGGAGGAGGAGGCAGACUGCUUUGGAGCUAAGCCUGACAACAAGACUUUUGCUCACAUCCUGGAGCUUGUGAAGGAGGGUCCCUCCUGUCCAAGCAACAGACUUCGUAAAAGCGAAGCAAAAGAGUUGGGUGUAGCAGGAAGGGAGGUGGAGGUGGUGGGGCCCCCUGCUGCCGUGUCUCCAGCAGGAGCUGUUUGGAAUCCAGAACAGGCUACAAAAGCCAGCCAGGACAGUGUGGGAGACUCUGGUGAGGACGAGGAGUCAGCCUGGGAGCAAGCGGCCGUGUCCUUCGGUGCAGUCAUCCGCUUUGCUGAGGGGCGGCCGUGCUUCUCCAUGCAGGAGGUCGGGCAGCUGCGUGCACUGUACUCCGUGUUCAGACGGCAGCGGCAGGUGCGGCGGAGGCACAUGGCCCUCAGGGCUGUGGUCAAAAUUGAAGCUCUCCAGGAGUGCUCUGGUGGGCCUGUGGCCUCAGCAUGUCCUCCUUUGCCCUGUUCGUCCACAGUAGAUGACUGAUGGCUUUCUUUGGUGCCUGCCCCUGGCCGCCAGUGUCUACAGCUCUGUGCUGCCUGGCAGUGUGGCUGUGUGGCUCAGGGUGUCUGCCUGAGGUGGGAUAGCAUACUGAGACAGAAUUGUGGGCACUUGCAAGUUGCUCGGAACACCUGCCCCCUGCAUGCCUCUGGUAAUUGAGGUUUUACUUUAUCACCUGUCCCAUCAUCUGAACGUGAGGAAAAUAUUCUGGAAAGGUCCAGCCUAACCUAAAACAGACCAGAGUCUCACCCUCGUGGGAGCUGGAAUCAGGCUAGAUUGAUUCUGAUCUCACGUUGGCCAGCUGAGCCUUGCUGUAUCAGAGAGGGCACAGAUGUAGGUCUGUCUAGGAGAAAAGCUGCCCUCCAGGCUGACGGGUGCAGUACCCUCCACAGCUAGACAGGCUGCCAUGUAUUCCUAGUUCUAGGGCCCACUGCCUGCCCCGUGGAGAGCUCGGUCUGCUGGGCCUGCAGCGCUAUGCCUGAGAGUAUGUGGCUGGGGGUGGUCACAGGUCACAGCUGCUGUACAGGCUGCACAUCCUCCUCCAAACGCUGCUGUCCUUCAGUCCCAACCCUGGUCGGUAGCAUGACUCCGGAACAUUCCUCUGGUUGCCAGCACAUUCUAUCUUGGGCUCUGACCUCAAGAUGUGAGUGGGCCCUGUGUCGAGUCGACUUGGUGGAGUUCCUUCCUGAAAAGAAGGUGCGAUGUUUGGCCAGGCCUGCUCAGCUUCAGUGGAGGGCUCGGGUUCCACGUGGUGGUGGUGGUAUUUUAGCUGAGAGCCCAACGGACCAUGUUCCCCAGAGUUUCUCACUUAGACCUUAACGUGAAUAAGUCUUAGGUUUGCACAUAAGUCAAUGAAGACGUUAAAACAGGCUGCUUCGAUUUCAUCAGUAUUUGUGAGCAGGUUAGUAAACUUAGUAAACUGUGUGGGUGGUUUCAUGGAGGCUGGUGGGAGGGGCAAGGUGGUCUGUGUCUGGGGAUCUGUGGCUUCUCCACCCCCUGCCCCUACUGCAUGCUGCCCGCACUGUGGUCCCAAAGGCUUCUGUCCAUAGCGGCAGCCUCUUUGAAUGCAUGAAAUAGGUCUGUUUUUCUGUGAUCUCUUCAUGGCUUUGCCCUUGAACUUCAUCCCUCCUUAAAUUCACAUCAUGGGAGCUGAAUCAGCAGUGGUUUCCAGUCCUGCUGUCCUCUUCCCCCCAGAGACCUUUGUUCCCAAGGGAGAGCAGCUUCUCCAAUUUUUAGCCUCUUCAGGCAGAGGGGAUGGUCGCUGCUGACAGCCCUAUGUUGGGGGAGUGUGUUUCUUGCUUUUAAACGCACUUGUGAAGAUUUACAAGUUUGGUCUUCACAGGUUCAGUUGCUGACCUUUGGGUCCUGCUCACACAGCUCCCUCCACGUGUCCAGGUAGCAUCUUGGCAUCCAUGUACUUUGUGCCGCUUUCUUGGCUCCCGUGGGUCCCACCCACAUGGCUGGGCCUGGUAACCGCGACUGCAGAAUUACAGCUGUUUGAGACGUUGCAGGUUAGACGCCCCCAGCCCAGGGCUUCCACAGCAGCAGGGUGUGUAGGGUGGGGCAGGGCAGGUAGAGUUCCUGGAGGGCUUUCCUGGAUUCCCCUGGGGACAUAGCCCCAUAGGACUGUAACACUUGUGGGGCCAGGAUUCUACCCUUACUGCCACAACCUGCUCCUGUACUGCCUGUGUUGGGGCCCAUCAAUAAAUGCUUGUCACCUGCAUGGUGGGGGUGAUGUGUGUUCUUGGGGUGCAGUGGGGCCUGGAGCAUGACCCUGGGUGCAGCCUCCUGUGGCUGGGUGUCUCUGGUGAAGGUUCUUGUAGGGGGCAGGACUUGGGCCCUACUCUUCAUGCAGCUCCCUGCUCCCCUGGGCUUGCGAGGUCUUCCUGAGAGUGAGUGUAGGGUGUGUGCUCUGCAGGGUCCAGAGUUUGCUAAGCUACCAGGCCCAGCUGCUGGGUGAGCACCUCCGUCCUCCACCUGCCUCCCCAGGCCCUGCAGAGACAGGCUGGUACUUCGUUCUUUACUUCCAGCCAGUUUCUCAGAAGUUCAGAUCGUUGAGUGGUUUAGUCUCAAAGUCUUUUUCCUAAACCACAUCUGAUGGAACCAGCUGUGCCAGGUGCUGGGUGGAGAUGUGCGGAACCACGGCUCUUCACUUGCUUCCAGAGCACAGAGUGAGAAUGGAGUAUAGUCCCACCUAAGUGCCUUUUUUUCACCUGUGAGCAUCAGGCUGCAUGUUCGCUCUGUCUUAUCACAGUGGCCCCAAAAGCAGUAGCCUCAGGUCCAGCUCUGGUAGGAGGUCAUAGGGUACCGUAGUUGUUUUUCCCGCCGCACCAGGGGAGCUGCUUCUGACUACUGUGCUCAUCUUAGGUGGCACUCUGACCGCCCAAGACCAAGGGUGCCUGCCUGUAUCCCAGCAGCAGGACACUUGCUGCCAUCCACCCUGGGGAGACGGUGACCACAUGCCACCUUCCUCACCAGAUGGGAUCGCCAGUACACUGGUCAGGCAGCCACAGCUGUCACCAUUUAGGACUGUGGGGCACUUCCUGAGGGGCCUGUUUGCUAUCAUUGGCCUUCCCAUCUGUUGAUGCUGAGGAUGACUUAGCGGACCCCCGAUAUCCUCCGUGCCAGAGCAGGACUCAGCCUCUGCUCUUCCUGCAGGCUUUGAGGCAGGGAUGUGCAGAAGGUGCAGAUGGUCUCCAUUCCUGGCAGGCUGUGGCCCAGGGUAGCAAAAUUUGGGACAAACUGAAACCCAUAUGGGGUCCCACUUUAGCUGCUCUGUGGUGAGGAAACUUUCACAGGCACUCUUGUUGGAGUUUUCCUGGCAUAUAAAUGUGCUUGUGUGGGGUCAGGGUGUGGAGGUUGCAGAGUGGCAGUCAGGAGGGGUAAGCUGGGAGGCAGGGACUGGGCUGGGCUUCUGUGCUGUCCUCUGCCUUCCCCUGGGUUCCAGGACUUUGUGACCAGGACUGGGUUCUUGGGUGCUGCCUUGGGCUCAGUUGCCUGCUGGCAGGGUGGGGAGAGAGGACCUCUGAGGCCCUGCUUGUCUUCCCCCUGCUAAGCUGUUACAGAGCCAGGCCUGGCCAUCCCCAGGGUCAGGAGCUGCAGUCAUGGCAACCACCAGCCUCCCAACCUUGGCCCAGCGCCCAUCCCACGUGCCUGCUCCUUUCUGAGUGCGGCAGGUGUGCACUGGACUCUGCCUCCUCUGCUCUGCCCUCUGUUGUCUUUCUUGCAGGGUAGUACAACGACGUGAAAUGAGGUGGGCUCACUGUUCUUCAGAAAUGAGAUGGGGAGGGAGGGGCAGGUGUGUCAUGGCAGAGCUAGGCCUAAGGCUGCCUGUUCCUAUCCAUCAGGCACCUGCUUGAAUUGGCUAGCUCAGUGUUCUCUCUGCCCUCACUCACUGUUGGACUGUACACAGUGCUCUCAACGAUAGAACUGAAGAGUGGAAACACCCCUUUACCUGCCUCUUUGGGUCCCACUCUUAUAUGAGAGUGUGAAGCCUCAUUUUAAUUCCAUAGGUGGUCCUGAGCCUCUGAAUUAGUAUAAUGGCCGACCCGACACCGGUCUCAAGAGGCCCACUGGCCAUGGCUGGGCUGUCCUUUAGAGAGCCUGUCAGCACAGCCUUCUCCACACCCAGCCUGGCAAGGAAGCCAGACAUGAGGUCCUUCAAGGCCUUUGAUGUCUGUGGGCUAUCCAGUCCCAAAUAGGUCAGGGUUGUUAUGCCUGCUUAACAGCCAGGGAAACUGAGGUCCAAAGCAGGGAGGUCUAGUUGGUCUCGACAUAGUUUACUUUGGGGUCAGGAGUUCUGUAAGAGGUACUGUAGCCCUUUGUCAGGUGGUGGGCCCCUUUUAUCAACCCUGUCCAGCAAGAUCAGUUAUCUAGAGCCUUUGUUGCAAUGCCCCCAUUUCUCUUCUGAGGUGCUUUAACCUCUUGGCCUUUCUUUGUCUUUUAAGGAAAGAAACGGCUUCUGGAUCAGACAUUCUUAAUUAAUGUGGGCUUACAUGACCAGGUGUGGUGGCUCAUGCCUGUAAUCCUGGCACUAGUACUCUGGAAGGCUUAGGUGGGAGGAUUGCCUGAGGUCAGGAGUCCAAGACCAGCCUGAGCAAGGGUGAGACUCCAUCUCUACAAAAAAUUAAAAAACUAGCUGAGCAUGGUGACAUGUGCCUGUAGUCCCAGCUCUUCGGGCUAGAGCAGGAGGAUCACUUGAGCCCAGGAAUUAGGGGUUACACUGAACUAUGAUGAUGGCACUGCACUCUAGCUGUGCCCAGGAGUUAGAGGUUACUCUGAACUAUGAUGAUGGCACUGCAUUCUAGGUGCCGCGGCAGAGUGAGACUCUGUCUCAGAAUACAUACGUUUAUGCUUACACCUUAAAUUGUCUUCUGGUCUCAACUUAAGGAUUGUCGAUUCAAGACCCACACUGGGGACAUUCUGGUUGGUUGGGUUAGAAUCCCAAAGAACAAGGGCAACAUUGGAAGCUCUUACCCUCAAGGCACUCAGUUUGGUCUGGUUUUGAUUUGUGUGUCUGUAUUCUUGGUCUGUAUAGCAAUAUUUGGCCCAGUGGAGAUCAAAGACUUUGAUGGUCACAGCAGAAGCCGUGCGAGGCCUUUAGACUAGUUUAUUUGUGUGCUCAGUUGGGAUAAAGAGGCAAUGGAACCUCACCAAAACAAUGGCAAUCACUCAUAGUUAGUAUUUCAACUCUUAAAACAAAUCGAGAGUCUCUCGUAGCCUCCCUUAAAGUGAGUAAUUCAUAAUUAAACAAAGAGACUCCACAAACUAGAACCUAAAGAAAAUGGCACUUGUGAACAAUUUAUGAAAAAUUUGUGGAGUUGACUUGUCUUCUUACCGCCUCCCUCUCUCCUCCCUUUCUUCCUCUCUUACUCUUCUUCCAGCCCUGCUCUGUUCCCACAGUGUUCUCUUUCUGGGAGAGUCAGUGCAGGAGUAAAGACCAUGACUUUGAAGGUCCAGCUGCUGUACCCCAGCUUUGCUAUACUUGGCUCUCACUCUGGGAGACCCGUGAUCAGAAGCUGACACAGCAGGAGGCAGCAGCCAAGUGGCGCUUGGGCUUCUUGUGUAUGGAGUUAACACCUGCAAGUAGCUCCCCAGAAGGAGACGUAACACUGCAGUGGCCCAGUGGGGUUCUCAAACGUUUAAGCGUACAGGCUUUCUGGGACUCCAGCCAGCUACAUGUUAUGCCCAUUCUAUUGCACUUUAAAAAAAAACAAAAAACCGAUGGCCAGGAAAACUCAGAGUUCAAAUAGUUACUAAUCAAAAGAAGAAAAAGAGCAACCAAAGAGUUAUAUGUAGUCUUCAAAGUUCUAUUUUUUCCUUUUGCCUGCUUUGAAUCUGAUGACUUUUCUAGUGAUGUUGAGAUAAAACUUAGGUUCUUGGUAAUACUAAUUCAAAAUUAUUUGGCUGAAGAGGAAAAAAAGCAUGAAGAGAUCUUAAAGUCAAACUGUAGCGGAAGCCAUUUUAGCUGCAUUUUGGUUUAUGGCCUUCAUUAGAUUACUCAUUGGGGAAAAUAAAAUUUAGCCAUGUGAACAGGUUACAGUUUUGUCAGGAAAUAAAGUUAGACUUAACUGUUUUGUUUACAUAUAUGCAUGUGUUAAUAUGUUGUAUCUACAUAGUCUACAUAGUACCAAACUGGCUUGUGGGUAAAGGAGUACUCAUAAAUUAAGUAAAUAAGUUCAAAUGCUUUUCAAGUUCUGCUGACUUUAUUAAUCUUGGUAAAUAGGACAAAUUUUUAAAUUGUUGAUAAACUAGAAACGUCUUCAGAAUUUAAUUUAGACAUUUUUGGCUGGGUCUGUCGAUCAUUCAGGAUUUUACUUUCUCUCCCAAAUGUUUUAAAGUGACAGAAUAUUUGCUUCUAUGAUAUUUUUAAUAUUUGCUUAAUUUGCUUAAUUAUGUCUUUAGAUUUGAGACUUUAGAUUCCAAGGUGCAGGGAAGUGAGCGUGAUGAGGCCUCGGAGAGACGCUGAGCCUUUCCUCCCAGCCCAGCUCCGCCUCUCGCCCUGCAGGGAGAGAUUCAUUCUUCUGCCGUUACCUUCACAGCUUUGUCCGUUCACAUGGGCUCUACAUCUGGUACAUAACUAAAAUUGCUUAUUUCCUAGAUUUUGUUCAUUGAAAUAAGGAUUACUAAGAGUUAACAUUGUAAUUAACGUAUGUGAUUAAAACUACCAGAUAGAAGAAAUAAUUAUGCAAAAUGCGUAAGGAAAGUGGGAUGUGGUUUUGGUUAAACUAGAAAAAGGUUGUAAGAAGGCAGGGGAAGUGGUUUGUAAGGGAAAGUAAUUCUGCCUAGUUGAGAGGUUUUCAAGGAUUGUUUUAAAUUGAAGGAAUAAAAAGAAUAAUGGAUAAAACUGGAUGGGAAGUUGGGAAACAGAGAGAAUGGGGAAAAACCGUAAGAACUUAUAAUGGUGUGUGGAAGUCUGCUGGUCAACACUGAGGUUGAUGGAUUUGUUUAUACUGUUUUAUUAAAAUUAGCAUUAAUACACAAAUGCAAAGAUGAAAUUUUGUCUUUUGAACAAGAUUUUUGUGUAAUAUUAAUAAACAGUAAGAGAUUUUUUUGUUUACCUUUUGAGUAAACUACCAAAAAAAAAAAAAAUAGAAAAAAAGGGCCAGUGGGACAGGCAGGUUUGGUUUGCCUCAUGGUGUCUUUGUUGGGUCUAAGAGUCUCCUCUCUGUCAAAGAAUAAAGGUUUUUGCUUUUUGAAAUCUUUGAAUUCAAUCAUUUUGGCUAAAUGACUGUUUACAAUGAACUGUGAUAUUACUUUGAGCAAAUGUUUUAAACUUUUGAUGUUUAACAAAUUUUCCAAAAUCAAAAUUUCAAAUUCUAGUUUCAGUCUUUUUGACUUCAAACCAAUUUUUUGGAUAUUGAGGCCCAUGGAAGUCUAGGAGAAAAUUCCUGAGACUGGCAGCCCCAUCAUAGCUCUUCCUUAACCAGAAAAGGUCCACUCCUCCCUGGCCACAGAGCCCUGACCUCCAGAACCCUCCUGUGCCCCAUGAGCCGUCCACCUUUGCACAGGCUUUGCAGCUGCCAUGGGAUCAGAGGACACCGCCUCAGAGCCCCGCACUGUCACAGAGGGUCUUGCCCACCCCAGAGGCUACCAGUGGGGGCUGCCUAUGCAAGAGGAGAGCUCUGUCCACAGCUUGCAAAGCACGGACAUUGAAACCGCGUCACGUUAUUGCAGUUAAAACAGUUUGGUCGGUGCGGCAGCCUUUCUGCCUGUGGGACCCGUGGCGGACUCAGUGUCCUCCCGUGGUCUGCAGGUGGGCUGAGGGCCAGGUUCUGUCCUUACUACUCCAGCCUUGUGUCCCUGCUCUGAGAGAUGCCGAGGCAGCCUUCGGGAAUCCCCUGGUCAGGACCGAAUGGGGCAGCAGCCCAGAGUGCCGGGUGCUCUGCUGGGGAGUGCACUCAGACCCUGGCAACUCCUUUGCUUUGUGCUGCUUGAAAUUAUAGGAGCAAAUCUCAGAAUCCCAGAAACUCCCUCCCAAAGCCUGGGCAAUCUGACUCCUAGACAGGGCCUAGCCAGAAGCCUGUCACCCUGGGUCCCUGCUUGGCCUGGACUAUCUACAGCAGGUGUUCAGCAAAUGCUCCUGAAUGAAUGGGCACCCGCAGCUCCUGGAUGCUGGUCCCAACAGGCCCCACCCUAGCUGCUUGCCUGUGGUGUGUGGUGGCCUGGCUGGGCCCCCCUGUUACCUGGGUGCCACUCCACCUGCCCAGGUGAUAGUCGUAGGUUCCUCCUCCCACAACGGGAGAAGCCAGGCUGCUGAACUUUGUGCUGUGAUCAAGGGCUUCCAGGGUUUUCUUACUGUUACGUUUUGUUUGCUGACAUUAAAUGAUGCUAUGGGCUGGCAGGCCUGGC